UACAUUCACACCACUUGUAGUUCUCUCCCUCGCCUCAUUUAGUAUGUUUCUCGCGGAUCAUCAUCGCUAGAAAGCGGGCCGCUGUUGCUUGUGGUAACUCUCAAUAAGACCGUGUCAAAAAAGCUUACACCAACUGAAAAAUUAUACUGAAGUGAUGCAAAACAAUAGCCAUGCUAAAGAAGGAAACAAGUGUCAUCUCAAGAAAACUUCUCUUUCACAGGAAUUGUCUAAAUACUUAGCAGCACUUCGACCAUGGUCUUUCACAUCUUCUUUUACCCCAGUUGCUUUAGGCAGCGCCCUUGCCUAUAUGGAGCAUGCCGAAUUUAGCCUUCUCAUCUCUUUGGUCACCUGUCUCACUGCCCUUUCUGUCCAUGCUGCUGGAAAUCUUGUCAACACGUACGUCGAUUAUGUUCGAGGAAUCGACACUAAGAAAAAGAAAGAUGCUAACCACAAAACAUUGGUCGAUUCUGUGUUGAUGCCGGGUGACAUUGCUUGGCUGGGAGGGUUGUCCUACGUGUUGGGAUGCUGUGGAUUUUUGUUGCUUACCUAUAUUUCUCCUGCCCGCAUGGAGCACUUGGCCCUUAUUUACUUCGGAGGUUUAUCCGGAAGUUUCCUUUACACUGGUGGUCUUGGACUGAAGUACAUUGCUCUCGGAGACGUGGUAGUCUUUCUCACUUUUGGCCCCCUUACAGUCGUGUUCGCCUUUCUUUCACAAACCGGCGAACUAUCGAACGAACUCAUUUUUUAUGCCAUCCCUUUAGCUAUCAGUGCUGAAGCAGUCCUUCAUUGCAAUAACACUCGACAUAUGGAAAGUGAUACAGAUGCUGGGAUUGUUACCUUAGCCAUUCUGCUGGGCCAUACUGGCUCCUACAUAUUGUUCGUGAUGCUUUUAUUUCUGCCCUAUAUUGCCUUUGUCUACUUUGGACUGCAUUAUUCCAAAUGGUAUUUUCUACCUCUCUUAACCGUGUUUGAAUCCUUUAAAUUGGAGAGAUAUUUUCGUUACCGUCACUUGGAACAAUUGCCUCGGAAAGUGGCACGGUUGAAUUUUAUUUUUGGACUUCUUUAUGUUAUAGCUUGUAUAUUGGCACUUAAACACUGACCAAACAUUCGUAGCAAGAUUCAUCCAAAGGCAAAGUUAAAUUUUCUAUAUAUUUUUUUAACUUACUGUAUUGGACCCUGUUGCCCCUGGAGAACGCUACAGUGGAUUAAUUGUCCAACCAAGAGAAGCAGGAUUAGUACUCCCCCGUCAGCAUCUAUUUAUUUAUUUAAUUCAUUCAUUGAGAUAGCAAUCGAAAGACACACUUCUUUCUCAAUAUCAAAGGGAGAGGCACGGUUUCAACCGGAAUACUGAGUAAAACGAACAACAUAAAGCCCUCAAAGAUGGCUGUUCUGCUCCAACAUGGUCAUAACCAUAUCAUUUUAAAACAGGAAAAAUAAAGAACAUUAAAGUCAA